AUGUGCGUGGUAUCAAAAAAACCAGCACGAGUCCCGAUGAAAAGAUCAGCUCCAAUUAAUUUCGAAUUUGUGAGACACUUUCAAGUUGAGUUAACUAAAGUAGAAGGGGAAUGUUGUUUUCUCAUUAGUGCGGUUUGUUGCUUCAAUUCCUUCUUUUAUUCCCAAUGCUAUGAUCCCGAUAUACUGGAUACUGAAAAAUUACCCAUAGACCCAUGGCGAAAAUGCGAUCUAAAAUUGAUUGGAGCCAUUUGUUAUCCGGUUUCAUCUGACGGUGGAGUUGAGUAG